GGAUUUAAUAUUUUAAUUGGACAGUUUUAUAAUUUUGACAUGCAAAAGCCAAUUGAUGCACUGAAGAUCAAAGGAUUCCAAGUGAAACAUGUAACUACUGAGGAUGAAUGUAUAACAGAACUUGCUUCAAAUCGUUAUCAAAUUGCAUGGAUUAUCAGUUCUACUCAAAUUCGAAAUUCGAAAUUUAUUUCAGCUUUAACAGCUUUUCAUUCAGCUGGUGGUGCUAUUUUUUUAUUUGCUGAUAAUACACCAUACGUAUGUCAUGUAUCUGAAUUUCUUAGAACAAAAUUUGGUAUAACUGUCGAAGGAAACUAUUAUGGGGGAAAAACAAUGACAUACAAAGAAAACGGUUAUCUGCAAGCUGGAAAUUUCGGUCAACAUGAAAUUUUUACCGGAAUCACAAAUUUAUUCGAGGGCAUCACUAUAUGUCAUCCAGUAUAUUCAACAUCAGCAAGUCGCGAGGUAUUUGUCACUAUAGCAACAGCUACCGAUGGUAAUUCUAGUAUUGCUGUGUAUGAUCCACCUUCGAUAUCAACAGAAGGACGAUUAUGCUUAGAUUGUGGUUUUACAAAACUCUACUGUAACUGGGAUUCAGCAGGCACAGCUCGUUACAUCGUUAACGCCAGUUGUUGGCUUUUGGGAAUAAAAAACGUUUAA